GUAUCAAGGCUUGAGAUAACUUCAGACAUCCUCAUACCCAGACAGAUGCUUCCUUCUGUUUACGCGGUUCUGUUUUUUCCUUUAGCAUGAAGUGGUAUUAUUAACAUCCAAAGCUACGGAGAUCAUUUAAAAAGCCAUAUUUGGUAUCAUUUGGAAAAGUAUGGUACAGGGAGCUUUACUGAAACUGGCAUGUCUGGUUCAUCGGAGAGGAAGAAGUCGAUAGCCAAAUGCUCCAAGCUGAGCGUCAGGAUGUGUGUUCGUGAACCGAGGGAUAUCUUAAGCAUGUCAUCUCCGGACGUGUACCACUGGCCCAUCCCGAUGCGUGCGGUCGGGGCCCAGAACCUCCUCACCAUGCCUGGAGGAGUCACAUUUUCAGGAUACUUGCACAAGAAAGGAGGCAGCCAGCUGAGCUUGAUGAGAUGGCCACUGAGGUACAUCAUCAUCCACAAAGGUUGUGUGUACUACUUUAGGAGUAGUACAUCUCCCUCGCCACAGGGGGCGUUUUCUCUCAACGGCUACAACAGAGUCAUCAGGGCAGCAGAGGAGACGACGUCCAACAACGUUUUCCCUUUCAAACUCCUCCACUUCAGUAAAAAACACAGGACGUGGUUUUUCUCUGCAGCUAGUGAGGAAGAAAGACGGGAAUGGAUGAGAUCCCUGCGCUGGGAAAUUGAACACUACAAUGAGAGGAAAGAGUCCCACGUUCAUGGCUGUGACUUUGACUCAGAUGCAGAUGGUUUCUACGGUAGCAUUGAGAGGGUGCUGGACCUUAAACAGCCACAGGAUGUCACUGACCAUGAUUACGUUGAUGACGAUGACGAUGACAAAGACUAUUUAAUGCCAGACAGAGAUGCUACGAUCCAAUCCACGGGUCGACCAACAUUCCAACCCCCCUCCUAUCCUCCUCCUCCAGUUCCACAAGUGAGUCAAAUCCGGCAACAAUCCAGUCCUGUUUUCCAUGAGGUCCUGCCUCCUCCAGUUCCACCGCACAACAGACCGUCUGGCAACAGCUGGGUUCACAAGUCACCCUCUCCAUCGUCUGUUUCCCCGUCAUCCUCCAUACAGAGGGAGUCCCACAAAGGUCCCCCACCUCCACUCCCAUUCGUGCCCCACCUGAAAAGGCCCACAUCUUUUACACCGGUACUGUUACCCAGUCCAAAACAAAGCCACACUCCAGUAAAGGGUGCAGAGGAUGAACGUAAAGACAGGAAAUCUUCCGUUCCCUCACCACUACCGUUUCCAGCCCCAAUCUCAGAUCAGUUUCACUCCAAAAUGAACUUAAAUGGACCACCUCACUUCCCCCCAAAUGCAAAAGGGGGUGUAGUCAGUACUCAAGCUUCUGCAUUGCAAAAUAAGAACCUCAAACCUCCUGUCCCGGAGAAGCCUCCAAGACCUGCAAACAAGCCCCGAAGACCUGGACUUCAGCUUCAAAGAACGUCGCCAGAAGGACGGAGUUUCCGUUCACACUUGGGCGACACAAAACGGAUGCAGAACUCCUCUGACAUUGCCAUUGACUCUGAUGAGGAUUAUGAGAACAUGCAGCUGCCAGACUCAGUGUUUGUCGACACAACGGAAACCAGUGCUGUCGAGAGGCUGUUUAAGGAAAACUCCUGCUGUCCUGAAGAUGGGCUCUACUGCAUAAGAAACUCAGGAACAAAAACCUCAAAGGUGCUGGUGGUGUGGGACGUCAGUAUCAGCAAAGCCAGAAACUAUCGCUUGUUUACAAUGGACAACCAAAUAUUUUUGGACAGCGAGGUGCCCUUCACGACUCUGUCGCAUCUGGUGGAGCAUUACCACACCCAUCCUCUUCCUCAACAUGGCUCACUUUGCCUCCAGAAACCUUUCACCAACAACUGACUGUCCUGACCUGAAGCCGUGUUUGAUUUUGUAUUCACAAAUGUACUGUAUGGAAAUGGAAGGAAAAAGAAGCACUCCGUGGGUACUGGGUACAAGGACAGCCCCUCCCAGACUUCAUACGCAGCGACGCCUGAUUCCUUUGUGGGUGGUUGCAGAGCACAUUGAAAUUAAACGGUAGAACAAUAUUUGGUGAAUGAAAUCAUCACCAUUAUAGCAACACAUGGAAGCACCAACUCAGUGAGGUGUAUGCUUGGCUUGGACUUCUUUGUUUCUAAAGACUUGCGCAGCGGUUGGAUUUUUAAAGGAGGAGUGGAGUGAGUUUUUGUCCUCCACUCACAGCUUAUUACAAAACUGUUUACAUGACUUAAACACACCCUGCACCGUCUUGUUCUCAAACAAAGUCCACCUUCUCUUCCACUAAACUCAGAGUCAGCUGAGUUACUGUGGCUUUCCAUCCCACUGAGUCGUUUUGUUCUAAAAGAUGUCUAAUAUACGUAUGUCGGCUCCUCAGACGUCUGGUCGAAAAUCGGUCUGGUCUAAACAUUUUAUUUAGCCGUCUAAUAAUCUGUAUAUUGAUCACAAUAACUGCUAAUGUUUUAAUGCAACAUUUGGCAAAAAUGUACACAACUUAUAGUUUUUUUUAGAUUUAAUAAUUAAUAAUUCAGGGAUUAAGUUCUAUCGUCUGGAUUUAGGCUAAAAUAUAGACCUGUUCUACACUUAGACAAGCUGUCUGAUGGACAUCUAAGACUAUCCUUCUCCUGCAUAUGUUGCCUGAAACUGCUGAAUCGUCAGCCUGGCUCCUCUCUUGAUUGUAGAUUUUUGCUUUGACGUGUGCACAGGAGCGAUGUUCUCCAAGUAAGACUUCCAGUUAGGUUUAAAAUUAGGAAGUCACACUCACUUACAGGAUUAUUUAUUAUCUAAAUCUAGUUUAUAUACUGUCGUAUCUUUUUGACGUACAGCUACUUCAUAGUGCUUUAAAUACUGAAUGUAUGUAAAGAUUUUAUACACAA